CAUGGCGGCGGCGGAGCCCGGGAUGAAGCAGUUCAAUGGCGGCGGUGGCGCCGCGCCGGACGCGGAGCGCGGCCGCUUCCCGCACUGCGUGGUCUGGACCCCCAUCCCCGUCCUGACGUGGCUGUUCCCCAUCAUCGGCCACAUGGGCAUCUGCACCUCUGCCGGCGUCAUCCGCGACUUCGCGGGGCCCUACUUCGUGUCCGAAGACAACAUGGCAUUUGGGAAACCUGUGAAGUACUGGAAGCUGGAUCCCAGCAAGGUCUGUGCCACUGGUCCCAAUGCCUGGGACACGGCCGUGCACGACGCGUCCGAGGAGUACAAGCACCGCAUGCACAACCUCUGCUGUGACAACUGCCAUUCCCACGUAGCCCUGGCCUUAAACUUGAUGAGAUACGAUAACAGCACCUCGUGGAACAUGGUGAAACUGUGCUUCUUCACACUCCUCUAUGGGAAAUACGUCAGCAUAGGGGGGUUUGUGAAGACCUGGCUGCCCUUUGUGCUCCUGCUGGGGGUGAUUGUGACCGUGGUUCUCACGCUGCACCUGCGGUGAUGGCAGCCCUGGGCUCACAGAGGAACAGACUGUGGCUGAUCCAGCGGGAUGGAGGCCUGGGGCUCUGGGAGCCUUUUCCAGGGAAGGUGGCAGCCCCACUCCAUCGUGACAGCUCAUCUUCGUCUCCUGGAGCUGGCUUCUUCUCCCCCUGUUUCUGUUCUGUCGAUGGUGUCUCCCAGUGCCAGGGGUCUGGGAGCUUCUGCUCUCUCCCUUUCUGCAGCUGGGGAGGUGGGAAUGGAUCAGGAAAGGAGAGGGGUGGGCACCUUCCCUUUCAGUGCUGAGAAAAGCCUCAAGGCAGACUCUGCCUCCUGCAGUGGCACACACAGAUACACCUUGGGAGGGUCUCUCUGAUCCCCUGCUUUCCUCCUGUCCCCAGAUGCUUCCUCAAGUUCCCUGGCUCUCCAGCUGGGAGUUGCUGUUUUCCCUGUGGCACAUCUCUGCAGUAGCACACGUUCCAGGGGGGAAGCGUGGGGUUCUUGCUGGGAGGAUGGGGUGCCCCAGUGCUCGGGGCUGGCCCCAGCAGCGGAGGGAGGAUGAGGAGGGGGACACUCCUGAGGGACACUGCCAGGGCCACCUGCCCCGGUGCUGCUGCUGGGCCUGGAAAGGCAGGAAAGCUGCAGGACUGCCUUGGGAACGCUGGGGCAGGGUGCAGCCCUCCAGGAGCCUGCUGCAGCGUUGGGAGGCAGCCCUUUGUCCCUUCUAGUGUCCAGAGAAAAUAUCCCUGCUCCUCCCUGUGCUCUCAGUUGCUAAAUCUGGCGCUGCAAUCCUGACAAGCCACUUGUUUCCCUUUGAUCCCCGAGUCUCGCAGGCAGAGCAGGGGCAGAGAGGCUGAGCCUGGGGCUGCAGAGAGGAGGGGAAGGCGCUGGGAGCUGCCCAUCUGGCUGGGGUUGCAGCAGCACAGGCCCCUGGCUUUCUCCUGGCUGGUGCCAGGUGGGGAUUGAGGAAUGGUUUGGGGAGCUGUGGGCAGCACAGCUGGGCACAGGUGUGUGCAGGGCUUGGUGUGAGGAGCAGGAUGGGAGGGGGGCUGUCCCUGAACACCAGGCAGGAAGGGAGUUUGGAUGUGACCUGGAACCCCUUUACAGCUCUGCAGAGCUGAUUUUGGAGGGCUCUGAGCCAGGGGGAAUUUUAAAACCAAGCCUGGCUGGAGGGCCCUGUGCAGCUGAGCAGGUCCCUGCUGCCUGCAGAGGGGGAGAAGAGCUUUUCCACUCACACCUGAAAAACCAGCUCAUACUCCAGUAGCUGAUGGAUUCCAAGGAAUCCAUUUCAAGGAGUGCUUGUGGCCAGCAGGAAAGCUUUUCUGGGGUCCCUGCCAUGUCUGCAGCUUCCUCUGACUGGGAGCCCACCCACUGUCAACCUGCUGGUUUUCAGACCCCUCCCCAUGUGCUUCUGCCGCGUCCCUGACUCCUCCAGCCAUCUGGAGACUUGGACCCUCCUCUUGAGCUCGUUUCUGUGUUUUCCCCUUUUCCUCAGUCACUUUUAAAUCAGCCCUCGUGCCUCCUGCUCAUUGUUGUCCCUCUGUCCCCCCAUGGUGGCCUUCCCCAUCAGCCUGGAGCUGGAACGCUGCGGUGGCUGCUCCUUUCCGUGGGAUGGGGGCUGCUGGGCCUGGGGCUGCCUGGAUGCCGAAAUCCUGAUCAGAGAGGCCCUGGAUGAAAGGACAGAGUGUUCUGAGCUCUGUUCUGUGCCCAGGAGCCGCUGCCCAGGGCGAGCCAGCGGGUGGGAGAGGGGGAUGCCUUCCUUCAGUGCGAUUCCCUCGAGUGCCCGGCCCCGGGGCUGGAUCCUCCCUCAGCAAUAACCUCGGCCCGUCCCGUGUGUGUUUUGUCCACGAGCUCUACAAGAAUUGCCAAAGCUGAGACUUGGGGGUGUCAGGGGGCCCCUGGACUUCCAAAACCCCGCUGUGAAAUUCCCUCUCGUUUGCUCCCGAUGCUUUUUACCAGAGCGGAGUUUGGAAUGGUGAGGCCGAGCCCCCAUCCCUCAUCCUUUGUUCCCUUCAUCUCCGCGGGGCGCUGGAUUUCUUUGUAAAUAUUUAAACUCUGCUUCUGUGGUUUCGUAAUCCCGACGGCAGGGAAAUAAACUGA